AGUAAAUGUCAACUGAUUCCGCGAUAGUGACGAGCUGGGGAGGGGUAAGGGGCGGACGCACUUGGUCUCAGCGAUAUGGAAGCAGAGAUCUCCCGUCCUGGGACUUGCUUCGAUGAGGAGCUGUGAAAGGCGGAGGCGGGAUCAGGUUGAGGCUAUGGAGAUUGGAGAAGAAGCUGGUAAUGAGGAAGUGGCGACUCUGACGACCCUAGCAGGUGCGCGCGGCGGCGGCGGCGAGUCCAGUCCAGUCCUCAAACCAAAACGUAGCACUCCCUGACUCCCUCCCAAGGGGUGUUUCCGUAAUUUUUUCGUAUCCGCCUUUUCUCUCUCUACUCCACCAAACAUUAUCUCCCCGGAUCAGUUGAUCCCCGGAGCGACGACUUCGACCUCAGUGUUCCAAUUACCCCAAGCCCAGGCGCAGCUCCCCACGAUUCGAUGGCCGGUGACGAGCCCCAGGCGGCGGCGGCUUCCGAGGACCUGGUCGAGAUCCUCGACGAGGAAUCGGGCCGCCUGGACAUCGCCCGGUACGUGGACCACGUGCGCGACCUCUCGGCCGGCGCCAUCGCCACCUUCGAGGGCACCACCCGGGACCACUUCGCCGGGAGGCGCGUGGUGGAGCUCCGGUACGAGGCGUACGCGUCCAUGGCGCGGCGCCGGCUCGAGGCCAUCCUCGCCGAGGCCCGCGACGCCCACGCGCUCUCCCGGCUGGCCGUGGCGCACCGGCUCGGGACCGUCCCCGCGGGCGAGGCGAGCGUGUUCGUGGCGGCGUCGGCCGUGCACCGCGCGGACGCGAUGGAGGCGUGCCGGUACGUGAUCGACGAGAUCAAGGCGUCCGUGCCCAUCUGGAAGAAGGAGGUGUACGACGACGGCGAGGUGUGGAAGGAGAACCGCGAGUUCCUCGACCGCACCGAUGCAGCGGCGGGGGCGACGGCGCCGGCGGCGAAGGGCAAGGGGGCAGGCGGCGGCGGUGGCGGCUGCUGUGGUAGCAAGGUGAGGGUUGAGAACUGAUGGCAGCUGCCGGAUCGCGAUCCGACGGACAAGGCCACACGGGUGACGGGUUGUUUCUCUCUCCUUCUUUACACUUUUUGAGAAAUUUGAGAUAACAGAAAGGAAAUGUCUUGUGUGACACUGGAAAUCCUUUUGAGAAAAUACAACGUGUGAAAUUCGAAUACACACACACUGAAAGUUCUGUGAUGUAUGGUUUAAAGUUUUGUUCUUCCCA